AUGUCGAAACUAAUCGACGCACUACAACAGCAAGAAGAACUCUAUGUAAAACGACCACCAUUACAUUUACGAUCAUCCAAGAGUACAUCCAUUCGGCACAAUUUGUUAUUAUCGCCUACCCGAACAACAAGCGGUUCUCUUCGUGGUGGGCCCACAAGUAGUAUCAGCCGAAGGAAAAGAACCAACAGUUUCCAUAAAACAAUAAAUGAAGAAAAGAAAGACAUAAAGCUACUUCCACGUCUUGAAGAAGAAAAUGCUAAUUUGCCACCACAGGAUUCUGUAGAAUUUAUUCUUGCACAAAUCGAAAGACAAAAUGCUAAACUUGAUGAAGACCCAAAGUCAGUUUGUAUACAGUCAAAUCAACUAAAAACACAUUUCUCGACCAUACAAAAUUUAGCUAUGACUUCUGCUGCUGCCGACGGGGAUGAACAACAAGACAACAGUGGUGAAACAAUAGAUUGGGAAUUUUGGGCUACGUUAACAGAAGAUUUCAGUGCUGUAGCGCUCAAAUUACCCCAUUUGGUUUCGGCGAAAUUAAGGGCAGGCAUCCCACCUAAAGUAAGGGGUGUAAUUUGGCAGGCUAUGUCUCAGUCAGCUUCUCUUAAUCUUGAAACUGUUUAUGGACAACUUGUUGCUGAACAUUCUCCAUAUGAACGCAUUAUCCAACGUGAUUUGGCGAGAACAUUUCCUGGUAUAGAUAUGUUUAAACAAGAAGGUGGAUCAGGACAACAAGCGUUGCAGAGAGUCCUUAAAGCAUACAGUUUGUAUGAUUCUUUAGUGGGCUAUUGCCAAGGACUAGCAUUUCUUGUUGGUCCGUUGCUAUUAAACAUGCCAGAACAACAAGCCUUUUGCGUAUUCGUUAGACUUAUGGAGACAUAUGAAAUGAGAACGAUGUUUACUCUCAAUAUGGAAGGACUGCAGCUGAGGCUCUAUCAAUUUUCCAGCCUUCUGGAUCAAAUCUUACCCAGUUUGUCAAACUACUUGAAAGCCAACGAAGUCAAUGUGCCAAUGUACGCUUCUCAGUGGUUUUUGACACUAUUCGCUUAUGCCUUUCCAAUGGAGCUCAUCCUACGUAUAUACGAUAUUGUAUUUGCCGAAGGAGCAGCGGAAACCAUCAUGCGUGUAGCGAUUGCAAUGUUGAAGCGGUCCGAAGAACGAAUCCUGCAGCUCACGGAAUUUGAAGAUAUUCUCGACUUUUUAUCCAACAAAUUGUAUGAUGCUUAUGAUAACGAUCCUUCACAAGUUAUUUCAGAUGCUGUCAGUCUCAGUGGGCUUAUCACAAAAGAUAAAAUGGAUCAUAUAGCAGAGACCUAUGUCACAGAAUUAGAGCAGGAGCAGAAGCAGACAGAGCAAGUAUUGGCUGUUCGAUUCAAUUUUUGGUCCAACAAGAGCAAACAUGGUUGUCAUAACAGUAGUAGCAACAAUUCCGAUUGCAGUAACAAUAAACACAACCUUCGAAGAAAAAAGACAAUGUCUUGGUAUAGCAAUGCACCCAAAAAAUCAAUGGAUUCAGAUCGAACAUCUAUUUCCUCAUUGAAAGAGCCGGAUACAUCCAUGUUACAUCAUCAAAUAGAAGAUCUAUUACUUGCUCUGUCACAGAUGCAAAGGGAAACGAUCGAAUUGAAGGAUGAUCUGAUGCAAGCUAGACUUGAAAAAAUGGAUGUAGAGGCUGAAAGAGACGCUUUGAAACUCACCAUGGAGAAUGCAUUUGGUCAAAGCAACAGGUAUGAGAAGGAAAUGGCAGAGUUGAAAGCGGAAAAUUGUCGUUUGCAGCAAGAAAAUGAUGAACUUGUGCUUCAACAAUCAAUGUCCAAAGAUGCUUUAUCAGCGCUGGUCGAACGUAUGCUGGAUAUAAAGAACAAAGCCGAUCUAUUAGAGCAGGAUAAUGUUCAACUAUCAUUGGAGAAUCGACGGUUAGAAGACGAUAGAAAACGAUUGAACAUGCUAUUUAACUCAUCCCCUUUGAUGACGUAUACAUCCACCUCGCCUACCAGCUCCUCUUCCAUCAAGAGUUAA